AUGAAGAGAUAUUUAGGAGCUCGGAUUAUUAUUGCUUGUCGAAAUUUGCACAAAGGACAUCAAGCAAUGGACAAGCUUUUAGUUGAAACUGGUGUGAAUAAAAAUAAUAUUCGAUUGAUGGAAUGUGAUCUUUGUUCAUUGGAAUCAGUUCGAACAUUUGUCAAACUAUACAAUGAAGAAGAAGAAAGGCUGGAUAUCUUGAUUUGUAAUGCUCGUCUUAGUUGGUCGUCACCUAUUAUGACUAAAGAUGGUUUCAAUGUAGUGAUUCAAGCCAAUUAUCUGGGUCAUUUUCUUCUUACAAACCUUCUAUUAGAUAAAUUAAAAAAAUGUCGACCAAGUCGUAUAAUCAAUGUUUCAUCUGAACUGCAUGACAGCAUACAGUCAAUUAAUUGGUCGGAUAUUUUUACACAAUUUCGAAAUCCUCAUUGGCAUGGUGCCUAUCCAUCAUCGAAGCUAUUUCAAAUUUUAUCGACAUUCAAACUGAAACGCGAUCUAUUCGCUGAACAUAUCGAUGUUUUUUCAUUGACUCCUGGAUGGUUCUCGACUUCACUUAGUGGAUCAUCAGCAAACACGAUUAGUUGGUUUGCAUACAGUCUUUAUCAUCCAUUUGUACGUUGUUUGAAAUUCGUAUUUGUUAAAACACCCGAAAUUGGUGUACAUACAGUUGUUUACUGUGCUGUUGAACCGACACUGGAACAAUCACAUGGUUUAUAUUUUCAAAAUUGUACUGUUUCACGACCAUCAUCAUUGGCGAGCGAUCAGAUAUUGGCUGAACGACUUUGGAAGAUGAGUCUUGAAGCAGUUGGACUUUGA